GUAAAAAAAACUGACGCCUAACGCUGCAUUAACGGCGCAUAUUCUCUCUGAGACAACGAGAGACGAAUCUACUUCAACAUAUGCUGAUAACGGUGAAUGACUCCCAGCGUGUCUCAGAGCUGAGGAUUGUGUUGAUGGGGUAUAGAGCUGCUGGUAAGAGCUCAGCAGGAAACAGCAUCCUGGGCAGAGAGGAGUUUGACUUGAAGAGAUCUGCUCAGUGUGUGAGGAGACAUGGAGAAGUAGCAGACAGACACAUCACUGUCAUUGAAGCUCCACAGGGUGGAGGAGGAAUCAACUUGUAGAGUUCACAAAACUCAGACUGCCAGAAAGAGAAAGAUUUUACAGGAGAUGAAAAAGAGAAGAACAGAGGAAGAAAAGAAUGAAGAGGAUGAAAAAACAGAGAGAAAACAUCAGAUCACAGAUGAGUGAUGCCAAACGUCUCUCAGAGCUGAGGAUUGUGUUGAUGGGGUAUAAAGCUGCUGGUAAGAGUUCAGCAGGAAACAGCAUCCUGGGCAGAGAGGAGUUUGACUUGAAGAGAUCUGCUCAGUGUGUGAGGAGACAUGGAGGAGUAGCAGACAGACACAUCACUGUCAUUGAAGCUCCAGGAUGGUGGAAGAAUGAACCCAUAGAGGAAAGUCCUGAGUUACUGAAGCAGGAGAUUGUGCUCAGUGUGUCUCUGUGUCCUCCAGGACCACAAGCUGUACUACUGAUCAUACGUGUGGACAUUGGAUUUAAAGAGGACGAGAGAAAAGUAUUGCAGGGGUAUCUGGAUCUUCUCGGUGAGAGAGUCUGGAGUCACACUAUAGUGCUGUUCACUCAUGGAGACUCUCUGUUGGACACAUCUAUAGAGCAGCACAUUGAGAGUGAAGGGCAGGAUCUCAGGUGGCUGCUGGACAAAUGUGGGAACAGAUAUCAUGUUCUCAACAAUCAGAACAGGAGUGACCACACUCAGAUCAAGGAGCUGCUGGAGAAGAUUGAGGAGACAGUGGCACAAAACAACAGCUGCCAUUUUGAAAUAGACAGAAAGAUUUUACAGGAGAUGAAAGAGAGAAGAAGAGCAGAGGAAGAGAGAGCAGAAGAACGAAUGAAGAGGAUGAAAAAACAGAGAGACGACAUCAGAUCACAGAUGAGUGAAGCCCAACGUCUCUCAGAGCUGAGAAUUGUGUUGAUGGGGUAUAGAGCUGCUGGUAAGAGUUCAACAGGAAACAGCAUCCUGGGCAGAGAGGAGUUUGACUUGAAGAGAUCUGCUCAGUGUGUGAGGAGACAUGGAGAAGUAGCAGACAGACACAUCACUGUCAAUGAAGCUCCAGGAUGGUGGAGGAAUUACACUGUAGAGGACAGUCCUGAGUUACUGAAACAGGAGAUUUUGCUCAGUGUGUCUCUAUGUCCUCCAGGACCACACGCUGUACUACUGAUCAUACGUGUGGACACUAGAUUUAAAGAGAUUCACCGAAAAGCAGUGCAAGGACAUCUGGAUCUUCUCGGAGAGAGAGUCUGGAGUCACACUAUAGUGCUGUUCACUUGUGGAGACUCUCUGUUGGACACAUCUAUAGAGCAGCACAUUGAGAGUGAAGGGCAAGAUCUCCAGUGGCUGCUGGACAAAUGUGGGAACAGAUAUCAUGUUCUCAACAAUCAGAACAGGAGCGACCACACUCAGAUCAAGGAGCUGCUGGAGAAGAUUGAGGAGACAGUGGCACAAAACAACGGCUGCCAUUUUGAAAUAAACAGAAAGCUCUUACAGGAGAUUAAAGAGAGAAGAAGAGCAGAGGAAGAGAGAGCAGAAGAACGAAUGAAGAGGAUAACAAAACGAAGAGACAACAUCAGAUCACAGAUGAGUGACGCCCAGCGUCUCUCAGAGCUGAGGAUUGUGUUGAUGGGGUAUAAACUUGCUGGUAAGAGUUCAGCAGGAAACCUCAUCCUGGGCAGAGAGGAGUUUGACUUGAAGAGAUCUGCUCAGUGUGUGAGGAGACAUGGAGUAGCAGACAGACACAUCACUGUCAUUGAAGCUCCAGGAUGGUGGAAGAAUUACACUGUAGAGGAGAGUCCAGAGUUACUGAAACAGGAGAUUGUGCUCAGUGUGUCUCUGUGUCCUCCAGGACCACACGCUGUACUACUGAUCAUACGUGUGGACAUUGGAUUUAAAGAGGAUGAGAGAAAAGCACUGCAGGGGCAUCUGGAUCUUCUCGGAGAGAGAGUCUGGAGUCACACUAUAGUGCUGUUCACUCAUGGAGACUCUCUGUUGGACACAUCUAUAGAGCAGCACAUUGAGAGUGAAGGGCAGGAUCUCCAGUGGCUGCUGGACAAAUGUGGGAACAGAUAUCAUGUUCUCAACAAUCAGAACAGGAGUGACCACACUCAGAUCAAGGAGCUGCUGGAGAAGAUUGAGGAGACAGUGGCACAAAACAACUGCCCUGUUAGAAGGAAGAGCAACCCUAUUAAAAUUCAGAGAAUUGAUAGUAAAAUAAAAUCAGAAGAGCAAAUGCAGCCAUGGAUAGAUGAUGUCAGAUCACAGAUGAUAAGUGGUGCUGAAGUAUCUGAUUCGUGCUCUCUGGCAAGUUCUGGUUACGGUUCAUCUGAAAUAGACAUCAGGCCAAUUUUUGGGUCUUCACAUUCCAAAGAUGAAUCUCUCACAAGCAGAUUCAAGUCAGGGGUCCUGAAAAUAUUGAACAGCAUGGAAUUCACACCACCACUGAUGAGUGGAGAGAAGAGGUCGAACACAUCGUCUCUGGGAAGUUCUGCUGGCGGUUCAUUCAGAUCGCAAUCAGAAGCAGACAUCAGGUCAUUACAUUCCAGAGAUUCAUCUCACACGAGAAGAUACGAGUCCAGGGUCCUAAAGAUAGAAAACAGCAAGGGAUUCACACCACCACUGAUGAGUGGAGAUGAGCGGUCGGACACAUGGUCUGUGGGAAGUUCUGAUUACGGUUCAUUCACAUCACGAUCAGGAGCAGACAGUGGUUCAGUUUUUAGCUCAACACACUCCAUAGUUUCAUCUCACAGCUCAGGAUUUGGGUCUUUGCAGCCCAUUUCUAAACAUUCAAGAACCAAAAGAACACAGGAUUUGCCCAAGACCUCAAAAUAUGAGCAUAAAGACACUGAUUUUGAUACUGAAGUGAAGUGAUGG